AUGUGGAUGGCUUGCCACCGUAGACUUUCGACAAGGGGACGACUCAAAAGACUUGGUCUUACGACUGACGAUAGGUGUAAUUUCUGCGACAAGGAGGAAACAAUUGACCACCUUUUAUUUGAUUGUCCACCGUUUAAAACCUGUUGGCAACAAAUCCUGGUGUGGUUGGGGUUUCAACAUUUCCCGUGUGAAUGGCGUGAGGAACUUGAGUGGUUAAUCACGCAUUGCAAAGGUAAAGGUUGGAGGAAAUGCAUUUUGCGUAGUGCUGUAGCGGAAACUAUCCAUGAAGUUUGGAGGUAUCGUAACAAUGCUGUCUUUGGAAAUACGGUGAAUGUUUUGGAUAUUAGAGAUUUAGUCAUUUCUACCCUUGCGAAUAGAGGGUGGGUGAAUACUAGAAUGAGGCAUCAUAUAGCUCAAUUACUUAUAAAGUAG